AUGUCCGACGACGCCACCGCCGACUUCCUCGCCAGAGAGAAGGCUGCCCUCGGUGAAGAUGCCGACUUCUUCUCCACCGACGCGACCACCUCAGCCCCUACCCCUUCUGGCCUGGACGCUUUCCCCGACCUCUCUUCUCCUGCGGCCGAGCAACCCCCCGCCAAAGCGGCUUCCCCCCAACCGCAAGGUAUAUCUGCGUUCCCCGACCUCGACUCGCCAGGGUUCGACGGUACCCAAGUGCGGGUGACGGGCACCGCUGGUUUGGGCGAAGACCCGGACAGGGAGCAGUUUGAGAGUGCGUUCCCUGAUCUUUCUGGGGAGACCGGUGGUGAGGCUGCGCCCAAACCGGUAUUCAACGCCCUCUCCCCCCAGCCAUACGGCGCCUCCCCCUACCCCGCCACCGCCGCCCCCGCCCCCCGCUCAGCCAACUCCAUCCUCCCCGCGCCCGAGUUUAACAAUAUCCUCCCCACCGCCGAUGAAGACUCGGAGCCUAUCAAAGCGUGGAAGGCCAAGCAGGCUGAGGAGAUUGCGUUGAGGGAUGAGAAGGAUAAGAAGAAGAAGGCGGAAGUUAAGAAUGCUGCUGAGCGGGCUAUUGAUGCGUUCUAUGCGGAUUACAAUAAGCAGAAGGAGAGGAAUAUCCGGGAGAACAAGGAGCAAGAAGCAGCUUUCCUGGAAAAGCUCCAGGAAUCCGUCGCCAAGGGUACUUCCUGGGAACGUGUCUCGGAGCUCAUCUGCCUCGAAAACUCGCAGUCCAAGACGAUCCGACCCAGUGUUCCGGGGGGCUCUGAUUUGGCGAGGAUGAAGGAGAUCUUGUUGGCACUGAGGAGAGAGGGCGAUAAGGCUCCUGGUGCGAGUGGCUUUUAG